AUGCAAUUGGUAAUUCAUCAGAUACAAAAGUCUGAUGGUGAAUGGGUGUCUGAGGAUGAGCUCAUUGGCGCGGAGGCGGUUCGGUAUUUCUCUGCCUUAUUCUCGUCAGCGGAUGGCCCUGGUAUGCUAGAUGUCCCCGCUGUCAUCCCUCGGUUGGUGUCAGGGGAGGACAAUGAGAUGUUGGAGGUAGUUCCGUUCUUAGAGGAGGUGCGGCAGACUGAGAUAGUGGGUGGUGAUGUGCAUAAGGCAGUACAAAGUUUCUUCUAUGGUGCCGAGCUCUCAAGGAGAAUUACAGCGACUUCCAUUGUUUUGAUCCCCAAGGUUCAGCAGCCAAAGGAUUUCUCCCAGUAUCAUCCUAUCAGUUUAUGCAACUUUGUGAACAAGAUUUUCUCCAAGAUCCUGACUCGCCGGUUAGCUCCUAUCCUGCCUAAGAUUAUUUUGAUGAACCAGAGUGGGUUUGUUCGGGGUCGGUGGAUAUCAGACAACUACCUACUCGCCCAAGAGAUAAUUGCGGGUAUCAAGAGGAAGGCGCGCGGGGGGAAUGUCGUAUUCAAACUUGAUAUGUCAAAGGCAUACGACUGGAUGAUGUGGCCUUUGUUGAUACAGUCAUCUAGGGGGCUUCGGCAAGGGGACCCUUUGUCUCCUGCUCUAUUUAUUAUCGAGGUGGAGGUGCUAUCUCGUUCUCUUAAACAAUUGGUGGCUCAUUGUGGGUUUCAGGGCGUCUGGGUUCCAAGAUGUUGCCAGACUAUUACGCACUUGGGUUAUCCGGAUGACGUGCUGAGUUUCUCCGGCGCUAAUACGACCUCUCUCAAGUUGGUGAUGAAGGUACUAGAGGAUUAUGAGGGCACCCCCUCUUCUACGGGCGGCGAAAGUGAGAGUACUUUGCUGGGCUCUGCCAAACAGUAG